GCCCGAUCGAACCAGGAUGGCAUCACGGUAUGCCAAGACGAUCAAGGUGCCUGAUGGGUUUCCCGAUACGCUGCGCAACUUUGCGCGCGAAGUGCUGCGGCAGCAAGAGAAGCUCAAGACGCGCGAAGACAUUUUGCAGUACGGCAUCAAGUACUUUAAGGACCUCGCCGAGAAGCGCGCGGGCAUCAACAACGGCCAAACGUUUGCGACCGAAAAGUUUAUGACCAUGGCCGACGAAGAGAUCGACGACUUUCUCUGGCAGACGUUCCGCGCGGCGGACCCGCCGAACGUCGGGUACCUUGACAUUGCCGACUUUAAAAAGGCUUUUUCCGACAUGGUCGAGUACCUCAAGCUCAACCCGGUCGCUCGUUUGCGCUGCGCUGCCGAAGUCGACGAGCUCGAGAACGCCUCCGUGGCCUACUCGGACUUUGUGACGGCCGCCGGGCGCGUCAUCACGACGCUCAAGAAACGCAAGAGUAUCGAUUCUCCGCUGUACGAUGCCAAUGCGGGCAUCGAAGUGCCUAUCAACGAGGACACGGACGCGCUCUUGCAUGGGCUGUUGCGGGAAGAGAUGGAGAGUCUUUUGCGCGAUAUUCUGCACCACAUUGACGCCGACAAUACGGGCUCGGUGACGCGCCACGUCUUUAUGGGCUGUCUCCAGGACGGCGACUUGGGCUUGACGCGCCGAGAAAUCAACUUGAUAUUGUUUCAAGUGCCCGAGACGGUCGACAACAUUGUCAUCUACUCGGAUACGAUCCCGACCAUCUUUAACGCACUCUUGUACGCGCACGCCAACGACCUUCUCGAGACGCCACGCAGCGAAGACGUGGUCGAAGUCCAGCUCAACAAGGUGUUUGCAAGUGGUGACGACGACGGGACGGGCCUCCUCUCGUUUGCCGCGCUCAAGACGACCUUGUGCCUCGCGGGUCUCGGGCUCACGCGCAUCCAAAUCAUCGCGCUCCUUUCCGAAGCCGUCGAGGAAGAGGAAGAUGCUGUCAACUACGAAGCUUUUGCCAAGCGGAUUGCGCCCAUGGUGCUGCGCAUGAUCGACUACGACACGCAGACGCAGCUCGCGGGCGCCGCGCGCAUCUACCGCAGCUCGGAGGAGUAUUUUGUUGUCCAUGGCAUGAACCAGCACGAGUUUUCGAAUGCACUCACGACAGCGUUUGAAGCUGUCGACGACGGCGAGCGCGGGUGUCUCUCCCGCCACGAUAUCGCCGAGGCCGUCCAGAAUGCCUUUCCGAGGGUUGCGCGAUCGCACGUCUCGGCGCUGCUCGCACUCUCGGACCCGAUGGCUGGCUCGACCGACAUGGAGUACGCCCCGAUCGUCCACAAUGGAUUCCAAGCAUUGCAGUGGCUCGAAGAGUACGCGGCCUUGAGCGCCCACAUCGUCUGAGCGGUUCCAAAUAGUACCAUUGUACAGAAAAUGAUAAUACGAAAAAGACAAUAAAUGCACUGAAAAACGGCGAA